GAGAACAGUUUAAAACACCCGGAGCAGUGACCGAGUAGCUUUAAACGAUGCCAAAAUCUGAUUUUAAGCGCAGCGCUCUCUCAUUUCUUAGAACUAGUUCAAAUCGAAGAAGUUCUGCCAGUUCAGAAGAGGAACAUGGUUCUGUAACCUUUCUUCCAUCGGGACCUCGGAAUAAAUCAGCUGAAGAAGAUGCUGAACAUGCUGGCAAUUGCUGCACCAAAGCAAAGAACUGGUUUAUCAGCUUUCCAAAAGCAACUUGGCCCAUUCUCUUGACAGAAUUUGGGGAGCGUUUUUCGUAUUAUGGCAUCAAAACGGUACUUGUGUUGUAUCUGACUAAAGACCUCAUGUUUAAUAAGGCCAAUGGCAAGAGCAUUUAUCACGCAUUUAGUAUGACAAGUUACUUUACGGGAGUUAUCGGCGCCAUGAUAGCAGACAGCUGGCUUGGAAAGUAUCGAACCAUCGCCUACACACUGUUCCUGUAUUCCAUUUCGGAGAUCCUUCUCACAUUGACAAGUGUUGACACUAUUGGUCAGCGGAAUUCAGUGGGACCUUUAAUUUCAUUGUUCGCCAUGGCUAUUGCUUGUGGUAACAUCAAGCCUUGUCUUGCCGCUUUUGGUGGAGAUCAAUUCCGUAAAGAUCAGGAACACAUGCUAGAGCUCUUCUUUGCGAUGUUUUACGCGUCCGUCAACGUUGGCGCGGUACUCUGCAUGUGGUUCAUUCCUAUGGUGCGAACUGAUGUGCAGUGUUUUGGACGGGACUGUUAUCCAGUAGUGUUUGCGAUAAACACAGUUCUCAUCAUCACUGCAACACUUUCUCUUGUGGCCGGAAAAAGGCUUUACACGCUGAAAGAUCCAGCUGGAAACGUCAUGAUCCGUGUUUUUAAAAUCAUAUGGCACGCUUUAUCAAACAAAUUCAGGAGCUCCGGGCCUACGCAAGUUACCCAUUGGUUGGACAACGCUAAUGAUGAGUACGAGCAAAAGGAAAUUAACGACAUCAAAUUGUUACUCCGUGUGCUGAAGAUGUACAUCCCUCUUCCGGUGUUUUGGGCGCUUUUCCAUCAACAGGGAUCAAGUUGGACUCUUCAAGCAGAGCAGAUGGAUGGUGAUUUGGGUGGUUUCACGUUACGAUCAGAUCAAAUCCAAGCGCUGAAUCCAAUCCUUGUUCUGAUCCUUAUUCCUCUCUAUGAUGGCGUUAUUUACCCUAUGUUCGAGCGCUGCCAAAUGCCUCUCAGCGAUCAGACGUUUUCGUUGGUCAGGCCGGCCUCAUGAACUUUACAGUAACUGCUCAGGGUAACGGAUGCAACGUGAAAGAGAAGCGAUCUAGUUUACAGUUGGAUGACAAGAAAGUCUUUAGCGCCGUAGUAGAAAUCGCCAAGGAUGAAUUUGUUUUGAACAAGUAUCCCAUUAAACUUCCAGAUAUUGAUAUAAACAAAGCUGAAACCCGUGUUAGGGUGAUUUAUUCUGGUGCGGCUAAUCUUCCCGAGAGGGUGGAUGUGGAAUUCAAGUCCAUUUUGAGCAAAGUCGAACCAACCGUUUUGAAGAACAUUGGGAUUGAGAACUCAUCAUACAGUCUCAUAGCAACUGGAGAGUACUACAUAAACACUAUCAUGCAUGCAACGAAUGGCGCAAAGUUUCACUCCAAGGAGCAAAAUAGGAAAAUCAAAUUUGGCAACUUUGGUGGUUAUACUGUGGUCAUUCGCCCGCCUGAAGGAGAUUAUAACUCAACCCAGUUUGAUACUUCAAUGUACGAGGAUGCCCCAGGCACAACUGUGUCUCGACUACUCCAAGUUCCACAGUAUGUCGUGCUGACAGCGUCUGAAGUCAUGUUCUCUGUGACUGGUUUGGGUUUUGCUUACUCUCAGGCUCCUGCCAGCAUGAAGUCAGUAUUGCAGUCUUUCUGGCUUCUAACAGUUGCUUUUGGUGACCUCAUUGUUGUUAUCUUGGCUUCCGUUUUACCAGCAAUAGGCGUGGAAAGGGAAAUGUUUUUGUAUGGAGGUCUUAUGGGCGUGAUCGCCAUCGUGUUUGGCAUCAUGUCUUACUUCUAUAAAUACGUGACCCCUGAGGAAUUGGGAGAAAACGAGAGAAAUGAAGAAAAAGAGAAUCUGGAAAUAAACGGAAUCGCUCUUGAGGAUCGUCACUCUGGCGACAACACCAAAGUCUAACAUGGUUUGCUUUUUGAGACAUACAGACGUUCUCUUUCUCCCUGUAUACUGAAGUGCUUUGGAGCUUUAUCGCGGUUUGUUCAUCUCCAGGUUCGCCACUUGCAGCCCAUCAUCAGUCAUACACGCCUUUUGCACUUUUCUUCCCGUGCAAGUUGAUAUUUCUAAUGUGUUCUCCUUCAAACUGAAGUUAAUUUUCCUCUGCACAAAACUUGAAUUGAAAAAAACGUGAUGAGCAGAUUUUUAGAUGAUUCUGGAGCUUUUUAAAGUCGUAGUUAAAGACAAAAUAUCAGAAAAAAAUAGUUGCAGAUGUCAAUUUUUA